UUAGAUCAUUAGAAAGAAAGAGUGAGAAAAAUAAUGGGGAAGACGUUGUUCAAGCGUAUAAAGGGAAGCCAAAGCUUUAGGCAGAGACUGCUUCUCGCAACCCUUUCUUUAAAGCCUAUUAUCAUUGAUGAGAUUCGAGCCAACGACAUGAUUCCUGGCCUCCGCCUUCACGAGAGAUCUCUUCUCGGCCUCCUCGAGACUGUCUUCGAUGACAGCUCUAUUAAAACUAACGACACUGGGACUCGAGUGGAAUACACGCCUGGAACAGUAAUGGGAGGGAAAAAUUUCGUUCACGACUGUGCCCUGACUCGAUCCAUUAGCUAUUAUCUGGAGCCAUUGCUUGUGUUAGGAUUAUUUGGGAAGAAGCCUCUUUCGAUUAGGCUCAAAGGAAUUACAAAUGAUCCAAGGGACCCAAGCGUUGACACAAUCCGCUCCACUACCUUAAAUAUGUUAAAGCGUUUUGGAGUCCCUGCAGAAGGGUUAGAGCUUAAAAUUCUAGCCCGUGGAGUAGCUCCGUAUGGAGGUGGAGAAGUUCUCUUAACAGUUCCAAAUGUUCAGACCCUAAAUGCGGUCCAAUGGCUAGAGGAAGGAAUGGUGAAGAAGAUACGAGGUGUGACUUUCUCUGCAAGAGUGUCUACUGACUUUGAACAUUCCAUGAGAUUCACAGCUCGUGGAAUCUUUAACAACCUCUUGCCUGAUGUUCAUAUUUCCCAAGAUCACAGAGCUGGCCCUCUGGCUGGAAAAUCACCUGGAUACGGAAUAUCAUUGGUUGCAGAAACAACUUCAGGAUGUUACAUCUCUGCAGAUACAACAGUGUCUUGUGGAAGAAGAGACGAAACAGGAGAGCUUGAUGUAGAGAAGCAAGAGAGAAAACCACCACAAGACACAGGAGUUGAAAUAGCUUCAUUGCUUCUUCAGGAGAUUGAAAAAGGCGGAGUUGUUGAUUCAACACACCAGGGAUUGUUGUUUACACUGUGUGCGUUAUGCCAACGUGAUGUGUCAAAGGUUCGAGUGGGAACGUUAUCCCCUAAUGGAGUGGUGACAUUGAGGAACUUGAAGGAGUUUUUGGGAGCUAAAUUUGUGAUCAGACCUGAUCCGUUGACAGGAACCGUCAUACUCACUUGCGUUGGAAGCGGUUUGCCAAACCUCGCCAGAAAGAUGUCUUGAUUUUUCAGAAAGAUGUCUUUACAGUUUUGUCUGAAGUAAAACGCUUUUCUAUUAGUUUGAAUGGACGUGUAUUCUUCACCUAAUUAUA